CAAAAAAAAUACAAAAUCAAAAAAUAUUAUAUUGCAGGAUUAAAUGAAAAUGUAGAGCUUAAAUGUCUUCCAACAGGUUAUCUUACAUCAUGUAAACCAACAAAAGAUACAUGUGAUAAAUGCAAAAAAUCAUUUAAUAAAUUAAAUAGAAAAGUAUAUAUAUGUGGACAUGCUUAUUAUACAAAUUGUUAUAAUAAUUUACAUUUAACAUGUAAUUAUUGUUUACAAUAUUACAAAAAAGGAAUUUUUUCAAAUAUUAAAUUAUUUUUAAAAAGAUUAGAAAAAACUGGUAAUGAUAAAUUAACUAAAGAUGAUUUAGAAGAAGAAAAUUUAGAAGAAGAAAUAGAUGAUAAUUAUAAUUAUAAUAGUGAUAGUGAUAAUAAAGAUCUUCAAGAAGCAAUAGAAUAUAUUGAACAAUUAUAA